AUGGCGUGGCGUCCGAGUUCACUUAUAAGCAUACCAAAACUGACUGGAAGCAGCAGUUCCUCUAUAUUCGUAUCAAGCUUCAAUAAAAGCAAGUUAAAAAAAUCAGAUCGAAGAUGGAAUACAAUAGUGACUAUCGUUCUCGUAGAGGCGAAAUGUCUUCCUUCGGCGCCUGAUGAUGGAGUAUCUCAUAGCGUUUAUUGUAAAUUUCAGUUGGGCAAUGAAACCUUUAAAUCUAAAAGUGUUCCAAGUAGUCAAAGGCCGGAAUGGAAGGAAAGAUUUCAAUUACAUCUCUAUAAUGACAGCAUAUUGGAUGUAUCCCUUUGGGAUAAGGGAAAAAUGAAAAACUUUAUGGGCAGUUGCAUUUUAGACUUAUCUUCCUUCGAAAAGGAACGCACUCAUGAGAUUUGGCAGCAGCUGGACGAUGGCUACGGUGAAAUACAUAUUUCGAUAACGAUGUGUGCGAUUCGAUUCCCUGACAUAUCUUCAAGCCCUUCGAUUGAUUGUGAGGAGAAACAUGGUGUAUUAAAACUGCCAAGCGAUUGGAACGUAGUAGGCAUGUUACACGUAAAUCUUAUAGGCGCUAAAGGCUUAACUAGCAGACCGAAUGCAUAUUGCACAUUGGAGAUCGACAACGAGAGGGUGGAAACGCAUAGAGCCGGGGCAAGCACUGAACCCAAGUGGAAAAAAUGUUAUGUUUUUAAAGUGUACGAUGUCACAUCAACCUUAGAUCUCAAAGUGUACGACAGUUCCCUGAGCAACGCGAUACUGAAUGAGUCCAUAGGGAAGGUGUCGAUACCCUUGUUGAGGAUAACCAAUAACGUCACGCGCUGGUACGCUCUGAAAGAUAGAAACAAAAGAAACAGCGCGAAAGGCAACUGUCCGAGGGUACAACUCCAGAUGUAUAUGGCCUGGAAUCCUGUUAAAGCUACCGCCAGGUUGUUUCAAUCCAAGGAGGUUAAAUAUAUAAAAAAGCCGCCUAAAUUUGAUGUUGCUCUUAUCUAUAGCAAUAUGAAGUUUGUAUCAGACUUAUUGAGCUUAGCCGCUGAAUUGAACGAGUAUUAUAAGCGCCUAUUCGAAUGGGAGGAUAAGGAGUUUUCCUUCUUUGUUCUGCUUGGAUGGUUAAUCUUUUGCUUCUAUCUUCGUCUGUGGUCAGUCCCUCUCUUACUUUUAAUUCCUUUCUUCGGUCACUGGAUAUUAAGAAAACGAGACCUUGAUGUCACGUUUUUUACCUUCUUUGAAUACAAUGAUUUCAUAAUAUUUCAGGAAGACAAGACAUUCACUGGAAAAUUACAAGAUCUACAAAAAAUGACGUUCACUAUAAAAAAUGGAAUUGAGUUCAUAGUUUCCCACAUAGAGAGACUCUACAAUUUAAUUACUUUCAAGGUGCCAUUUCUGAGUUACGUUUCCAUGAUAUUACUGAUUGUUGCGUCCGUCGGCUUGUAUUUGAUACCAUUCAAUUAUCUUCUCAUGACUUUGGGUAUAUACAAAUUUACGAGGAAAUAUUUAAAUCCAGGCAGAAUAUUAAAUAAUGAUUUAUUAGAUUUCCUUUCGCGUGUACCGGACAAUGAAAUAUUGAAGGAUUGGAAAGAAUUAGGCGUACCAGAACCCAAUCAAGAUGCUCAAGUACAUUCAUCGAGAAUCACAAGAUCUAUAUCCACCUCAAUUUGA